UUUUUUUAUUUUUUGACUUAAAGUUAUUAAGAAUAUUUUAAUGGGGAAUCGUGGUAUGGAAGAUUUGAUCCCUAUUGUUAACAAGCUUCAAGAUGCUUUUGCACAAAUUGGUAUAGAGUCACCAAUUGAUUUGCCACAGAUUGCAGUUGUUGGUGGACAAAGUGCAGGAAAAAGUAGUGUUCUUGAAAAUUUUGUAGGCCGUGAUUUCCUACCUCGUGGAUCAGGAAUUGUUACAAGAAGACCUUUAGUUUUGCAAUUAAGUUAUGGUAACACAGAAUAUGCUGAGUUUUUACAUUGCAAAAAUCAAAAGUUCACAGACUUUGAUGCUGUGAGAAAAGAAAUUGAAGUUGAAACAGACCGUAUAACAGGAAAAACAAAAAAUGUUUCACCAGUUCCAAUCAAUCUCAGGAUAUUUUCACCUCAUGUUUUGGACUUAACAUUAAUUGAUUUACCGGGUUUAACAAAAAUUGCAGUUGCUGGCCAACCUGCAGAUAUUGAAAAUCAAAUACGCGAUAUGGUUUACCAGUUUAUAAGCAAAGAAAAUUGCUUAAUAUUGGCUGUUUCACCAGCAAAUUCAGAUCUUGCAAAUUCAGAUGCUUUAAAAAUGGCAAAGGAAGUUGAUCCAUCAGGGGAAAGAACAAUUGGUGUUCUCACAAAGUUGGAUCUAAUGGAUGAAGGAACAGAUGCUAGAGAUAUUCUGGAGAACAAAGUUUACCCAUUGCGUCGUGGUUACAUUGGUAUAGUUAACAGAAGUCAAAAGGAUAUUGAUGGUAAAAAAGAUAUAAAAGCUGCCCAAGCUGCUGAGCGAAAGUUUUUCUUAUCUCACCCAGCUUACAGACAUAUUGCUGAUCGAAUGGGAACUGCUUUUCUUCAAAAAGCUCUUAAUCAGCAAUUAACAAAUCACAUAAGAGAGUGUAUCCCAAAUUUGCGCAACAAGUUGCAGUCACAAGUGCUCUCGAUGGAAAAAGAAGUUGAACAGUUCAAAAACUUUCGGCCAGAUGAUCCAACCAUGAAAACUAAAGCACUUAUGCAAAUGCUUCAGAAUUUCACGAUGGAUAUUGAAAAAGUUAUUGAAGGUGGAUCAGGAGAAGAUAUUGACACUGAACAUUUAUCUGGUGGUGCACGAAUUAACAGAGUAUUCCAUGAAAGAUUUCCAUUUGAACUUGUAAAACUACAGUAUGAUGAAAAGGGACUUCGCAAAAAAAUAGCAUUUGCUAUACGUAAUGUUCAUGGUGUUCGAUCAGGUUUAUUUACUCCUGAUAUGGCUUUUGAAUCUAUUGUUAAAGAGCAGAUUGAAAAACUAAAACCUCCAGCAAUUCAAUGUGUUGAUAUGGUUAUUGCUGAGUUAACCAACAUUAUUAGGAAUUGUACUAAAAAAAUGUCUAAAUACCCUUUGCUUCAAGAUGAAGUUGUGAAAAUCUGUAUGACGCAUAUCAGAUCAGCAGAACAGAAAGCAAAAGACCAGGUGAAAUUGUUGUUAGAUUUUGAGUUGUCAUAUAUAAACACUAAUCAUCCAGAUUUUAUUGGAUUUGCUGAAGCUCAAAACCGUGCAGCUGGUGAUACAGGUGCCCCUCAGCGUCAAAGAGUUACAAAUCAGGUUAUUCGAAAAGGCUGGCUGCUACUUGGUGGAGGAGGAUUUAUGAAAGCUUCUAAGGAAUACUGGUUUACGCUUUCUGCUGAAAAUCUUUCUUGGUAUAAAGAUGAAACAGAGAGAGAAUUAAAAUACCAACUUAGAAUGGAAAAUUUAAAAGUGAAAGAUCUUGAAUCAGGAUUCAUGUCCAAACGUGUUUACUUUGCAAUAUUUAAUCCAGAUACUAGAAAUUUAUUUAAAGAUUGCAAGCAAUUGGAACUAUCUGCUGAAAGUGCAGAAGUUGUAGAUGAGUGGAAAGCAUCCCUUUUACGAAUUGGUGUUUAUCCUGAACGUAAUGUAGCUGAUGAUAGCAUAGUUGAUAAAGGCGAACUUGGCUCAAUGGAUCCACUCAUGGAGCGUCAAGUAGAAACAAUUCGAAAUUUAGUUGAGUCAUAUAUGAAAAUAAUAACAAAAAAUAUUCAAGAUGUUAUACCGAAAGCCUGCAUGUUUUUAGUUGUCAAUGCUGCAAAGAUGUUUGUAUCACAAGAACUACUUGCCUAUUUAUAUGCCCAAGGAAAUACAAAUGAUUUGAUGCAUGAGAGUGAUGAAGAAGUGAAUCGCCGAAAUGAAAUGUUGCGCAUAUAUCAAGCUAGUAAAGAAGCUUUAAGAAUUAUUGGAGAUAUAAGUCAAUCAACAAUGUAUACACCCACGCCACCACCUGUUGAAAAUAAUAUGGAAGUCGAUUAUUCGACUAGUCAAUCAUCUGCUUACAAACCUUCUAUGCCGACCCGGCCAGUUUCAGUCUCUAAUGCUCCACGACCACAACCAGAUAACCCAUCUGUACCUAGGAGACCUGCGCCUACUCGUCCGGUACCUUCACAGCCACCUCAGCCACCUCAGCCAGCACGUCCUCCUCCUGUACCAAGUCGGCCAAGUUAGCAACACGUUCAACUUCAUGGAUUCUAAUUUUGUAUGCCUGUUAAUUACGCUUACGUUGUUGUAUAUAAAAUUUAGAGUUCUUUUAAUGCGUUUUAUGCGUUGUGUGAUGAAACAUUUUAUAAUAUAAAACAUAAAUAUUUUUUUUUAUAGAUUCACAUUAACAGUCACUAUUUAACAAAAAACUCAACAAAAUUAAAACCUUGCGUAAUAAUCUUGUGUAAAUUUUUUGAAUUUUUUAUAACAAUUUAGUCGUGAACACAAACAUGCAUUUGCAACAAGUAUCUUCGGUGCAUUUUUGUUUAAAUUUAAUAAUUUUAUUUUAAGUAAACUUAGUAGAAUGAUUUUUACUUCGACAGUCGAAUUAUGAUGUGAAUACUAAAAAUUUUGUAUAACGUAUAACUUUUUAUAUCAAUGUUUCAUUGUUUAUUUGUCAUGUAUAGUUCAAAUAAAGUUUCGUGCGAUGCACUAAA